GUUCGGAGAGACACAGUGUGCUGUCCCGCUCUGUGUGUCGGUUACCGGAGUGAUGGCGCUAAAUGGGGCUCUUCGCAGCGACCUGGCCGAGUCCGUGGCGAGCUGUCGGGCGUUGGUGGUGGGAGCUGGAGGCAUCGGCUGCGAGUUACUCAAGAACUUGGUCAUGACCGGAUUUACCAACCUGGACGUGAUUGAUUUGGACACCAUCGACGUCAGCAACCUCAACAGGCAGUUCUUGUUUCAAAAGAAGCAUGUCGGAAGGUCAAAGGCUCAGGUCGCCAAGGAGAGCGUCCUGCAGUUUUGUCCGAAGGCCAACAUCACGGCGUAUCACGACAGCGUAAUGAACCCUGAUUACAACGUGGAGUUCUUCAGGCAGUUCACGCUGGUCAUGAACGCCUUGGAUAACAGAGCUGCGCGAAACCAUGUGAAUAGGAUGUGCCUGGCAGCGGACGUACCCCUGAUCGAGAGCGGCACAGCUGGCUACCUCGGACAGGUCACCGUUAUCAAAAAGGGGGUCACGGAGUGCUACGAGUGCCACCCCAAACCUGCGCAGAAAACAUUCCCCGGGUGUACGAUUCGCAACACCCCCUCUGAGCCCAUCCACUGCAUCGUAUGGGCCAAAUACCUGUUUAACCAGUUGUUUGGUGAGGAAGAUGCUGAUCAGGAAGUUUCUCCAGACACGGCGGACCCUGAAGCUGCCUGGGAGCCAACAGAAGCUGCUGAAAGAGCCAACGCUUCCAAUCAGGAUGGGGACAUAAAGAGAGUGUCGACGAAGCAAUGGGCAAAAUCCACUGGUUACGAUCCCAUCAAGCUCUUCAAUAAGCUUUUCAAAGAUGAUAUCAGAUACCUACUGACAAUGGAUAAGCUUUGGAAGAAGAGAAAAGCGCCGGUGCCACUGGACUGGGCUUCCAUGCAGAAUAAAGACAAGAGUUCCCCGGAAGAGCAGCAGGAGUCUUCUUCGCCCGGCCUGAAGGAUCAGCAGGUUCUCGAUGUUGAGAGCUGCGCCCAAUUGUUUGCCCAAAGCGUUGAAACUUUAAGAGAGCAAAUCGCUGAGAAGGGGGACGGUGCGGAGCUUGUGUGGGAUAAGGAUGAUCCCCCUGCGAUGGAUUUUGUCACCGCUGCUGCUAACCUCAGAAUGUACAUCUUCAGCAUGAACAUGAAAAGUAGAUUCGAUAUAAAGUCAAUGGCAGGAAACAUUAUUCCUGCGAUCGCCACCACUAACGCCAUAAUAUCCGGCCUGAUCGUCCUGGAAGCUUUGAAGAUAUUAUCCGGUAACCUAGAUCAGUGUAGAACGGUUUUCCUGAACAAGCAGCCAAACCCUCGGAAGAAGCUACUUGUGCCGUGUUCCUUGGAUCCGCCGAACUCCAACUGUUACGUCUGUGCAAGUCGCCCUGAAGUCACAGUCAAGUUAAAUGUUCAGAAGGUGACGGUGUUGAUGUUGCAGGACAAGAUCUUAAAAGAGAAAUUUGGCAUGGUGGCUCCAGACGUUCAGAUCGAAGAUGGAAAAGGAACCAUUCUAAUCUCCUCGGAGUUAGGAGAAACAGACGCAAACAACAACCGACAAAUAUCAGAGUUUGGCAUUCGUAAUGGCAGCAGACUUCAAGCUGACGAUUUCUUGCAAGAUUACACGCUCCUGAUCAACGUUAUACAUAGUGAAGAUCUGGGGCAAGACGUGGAGUUUGAGGUUGUAGGAGAUGCUCCUGAUAAAGCUCCUCAGAAACCUGCUGAAGAAACGCCGAAGAGUAUUACCAACGGCAGCGAUGAUGGGGCGCAGCCGUCCACGUCCACCGCUCCAGACCAGGAAGAUGUGUUGAUUGUGGACUCCGACGAAGAAAGUCCGUCUUCCAGCAAUGCCGAUGUGAACAUGGACAGUGUAAGCUUGAAGAGGAAGCUAUCGGAUGAUGAGCCGGUCAGCACCAAACGGAAGCGUGUAGAAGCGCCGGCAGAACAGGACGAUGACAUCAUAGCCCUGGAUUGAGUGUGAUCCUUUACCUGGCCUAUGUAUUUUUUUUUGUUUCUCUUUUUAUUGCGUCAUGCGACUUUUAUUAGGGUGUGUUUAAUGUCCAGAGCUAGACCCCAUGUCCAACGGCAUGGGCUCCGACCCGCACCGGCAGCCAUUUUUCUACAUUGAUAAACCCAGAUUUAUUUAUAAGUUUCUUACAACUGUGUGCUUUCUCAUGUCAGGCAGCACGGAUGAUAAUGUUUUUUUUUUCUUCCUUGUUAAAAUGUAUUUUGUAAGUGGUUUAGCUCAAAAAACUGUGGUAUAUCAGAAAGUGUUGCGGCUACACAUAUUUAUGUAUGGCGUUCUUUUUUUAUUUUAGACUAGAAGGGGCACGUCUAGGACUCACACCCUAAGCCAAUUGAGAAAAAAGUCAAUGUUUAAUCACAAAGUGCCACGUCGUAAGUCCUUUCGUGGUUGCUGGGGCCUGAAAUCAUCUUUUUUAUUUUAUAGUAGUCGUAGCUUUGUGGCCUUUCCGGUACUCGGUCGUUUGGACAUCUUGCAGGCACACUGUACAUUAUUGUAAAACCGUUCAUUUCUCUGAAAGUUCUCAGCUUCUACUGCCGGACAACGUCAAUGCUAAGCAUUCUAUGUGCAUUGUUCAAGGUUAUUUAUAUUUGAUGUUUUGUAAACCUCAAAUACAGCUUCCACACUGUACCUUCUGAAGGACCAAAUAAAUGCCGUCUUGUUAAUA